ACUUCCUGUAUAUGAGUUUCCCCGGGAAGGCGCUUUGGCGCGGACUGUCCUGUUGUUGUAUUGACUUGCCGCCGUCGUUGUUGAGCAGCUGUCAUUUUAACCACUAGAUAGAAAAACAUAUACAAGGCCAUGGCUCCAGUGUCCAACUCGGAUAAAGAUGUGAACGUUCCUGACGCCGAUGAUCAGGGGGAUUCCUGUGGUCUGGCUAAGUCUCGCUCCAGACGAGAGAAAAGGGAGAAGGUUGGGAGGAAAUCUGCUCUGGAGCAGAUAAAGAAAGCCAAGUUGGGACAGAAGAUUAAAUAUGAGGUGGAUGAGAUCACCAGCGUGUACGAGGAGGUGGAUGAGGAGCAGUACUCCAAGAUAGUCCGAGAUAGGCAGGAGGACGAUUGGAUCAUAGAUGAUGACGGAACAGGAUACACGGAGGAUGGACGGGAGAUCUUUGAUGAUGAUUUAGAAGACGAUGUAGUAGAAAAAAGAGCAGGAAAAAGAGGCGCUAAAGGAGGAGAGUCGAAGAACACGGCGAAGAAACUCUCCGUAGCCAAACCAAACACGAUAAAGAGUCUCUUCAUGAGCAGCAACGUGAAACGACCAGCAGAGAAAGACGUUGAUCUGUCCAAAGAUGACCUGCUGGGAGAUAUCUUACAGGACCUGAACGCUGAGAAACCGUCUCCUCUGACUCCUCCUGUGGUCACCCUAAAGAAAAAGAAGCCGAUGACAUCCCCCAUGAACCCAUUUUCCGUCAAACCCCACGUUUCAAAGGAAUCGCCCUCCGCUACGGGGUUAAAGGCCAAAGUGAUCCGACCACCGCCUUUAACCCCCGCCCCUCAGCAGUCAGCUCCGCCUCCUCCCUCCACAUCCCAUCGUCCUCUGGAAAAGAGGAAAGAAGAAGUGAAGGAGCCGAAGGAGGUGGAAGAAAACGACGCUGUGGCGUUCGAGGGGGUGGACUUCGAUGAACCGAUGGAGGUCGAUCUUGAGCAGGAGAAGAAACCUGUAGUUGAAGAAGAAGCUGAGCCUGAACCCAAAACAGCAGCAGCAGCAGCUAAAGUGGAGCCUCAGGAUCCCGUUCUCAUGUCCAACAGAGUUGGAGUCUCUUGGGGUCAAGAGGAGAGUUCAGCUCCUGUGGAGGUGCAGGUGGACUCCAGCCAGCUCCCCAUGGUGGAGGGCUCCGACGGGGAGCAGGUCUUCCGCUUUUACUGGUUGGAUGCGUUUGAAGACCCGUACAACCAAGCAGGUGUGGUGUACCUGUUUGGGAAAGUCUGGAUCGAGUCGGCAAAGAGUCACGUCAGCUGCUGCGUCACUGUCAAGAACAUCGAACGCAUCAUGUACCUUCUGCCUCGUGAAUUUAAAACGGACCCAAAGAGCGGAAAGGUGUCGGACACGCCUGUAGGGAUGAUGGAGGUCUACCAGGAGUUCAGUGAGCUCUUAGAGAAGUUUAAGAUCAUGAAGUUCAAGUCCAAGCCGGUGCAGAAAAACUACGCCUUUGAAAUUCCUGAUGUGCCCAGUCAGUGUGAUUACCUGGAGAUCAGAUACUCUGCUGAACACCCCGCUCUGCCCCCUGACCUCAAGGGGGCGACAUUCUCCCACAUUUUCGGGACAAACACUUCCAGCCUGGAGCAUUUUCUUCUCAGCAGGAAGAUCAAAGGCCCUUGCUGGUUGGACAUCAAAACACCACAGCUGACGAGCCAGCCGGCCAGCUGGUGUAAGGUGGAGGCCCUCGCUCUGAGGAGUGAUUUAGUCUCUGUGAUCAAAGACCUGCCGCCUCCGCCUCUCACCGUCAUGUCCAUCAGCCUGAAGACGGUUCAGAACCCCAGAACGCACCACAACGAGAUCGUGUCUUUAGCUGCACUCAUUCAUUAUCAGUUCCACAUGGAUAAAGCUCCUCCUCAGCCUCCGCAUCAGACUCAUUUCUGUGUGAUCAGUAAACCAGCUGACUGCAUCUUUCCCUACGACUUUAACGAGGCAGUAAGGAAGAAGAACGGGAAGGUGGAGAUAGCGGGAACAGAGCGAGCUCUGCUCGGCUUCUUCCUCGCCAAGAUGCAUAAGAUCGACCCUGAUGUGCUGGUGGGUCAUGACAUCUUUGGAUUUGACUUGGAGGUUCUGUUGCAGAGGAUCAACAUGUGCAAGGUUCCCCACUGGUCCAAAAUCGGCCGUCUCCGGAGGGCCAAUAUGCCCAAAUUAGGGGGUCGUGGCGCCUUUGCAGAGAAGAGUGCGACCUGCGGCCGUCUGGUGUGCGACGUGGAGAUCUCAGCCAAAGAGCUGAUUCGCUGUAAGAGCUACCACCUGACUGAGCUCGCAGCGCAGGUGCUGAAGGUGGAGAGGUCCACGGUCCCCCAGGAGGCCAUCAGGAACCUCUACAGCGACUCUCCCCACCUGCUGUACCUGUUGGAGUUGACGUGGACCGACGCCAAGCUGAUCCUGCAGAUCAUGUGUGAGCUCAACGUGCUUCCUCUCGCCCUGCAGAUCACCAACAUCGCCGGAAACGUCAUGUCUCGUACUCUGAUGGGCGGCCGCUCGGAGAGGAACGAGUUCCUGCUGCUUCACGCGUUCCACGACAAAAACUACAUCGUCCCCGACAAGCCGUCCUUCAGAAAAGCUCAGCUGGAGACUGCUGAGGGGGACGAUGAUGCGGAUGCAGGAAAAGGAAAGAGGAAGAAGAAGGCGGCUUACGCCGGCGGUCUGGUCCUGGAUCCUAAAGUUGGGUUCUACGAUAAGUUUGUGUUGCUGCUGGACUUCAACAGCUUGUACCCCUCCAUCAUCCAGGAGUUCAACAUCUGCUUCACCACCGUGCAGCGAGAGGCUCUCGGCUCCCGCAGGAAGAAUGAGGAGGACGAUCCAGAGGAGAUUCCUGAGGUUCCAGAUCCCGACCUGGAAAUGGGAAUUCUGCCCAGAGAGAUCAGGAAGCUGGUGGAACGACGUAAGCAGGUGAAGCAGCUGAUGAGACAGCAGGACGUCAAUACGGAUCUCUACAUGCAGUAUGACAUCCGUCAGAAGGCCCUGAAGCUAACGGCUAACAGCAUGUACGGCUGUCUGGGGUUCAGCUACAGCCGCUUCUACGCCAAACCGCUCGCUGCUCUGGUCACACACAAAGGCAGAGAGAUUCUGAUGCACACUAAAGACAUGGUUCAGAAGAUGAAUUUAGAGGUUAUUUAUGGAGACACCGACUCCAUCAUGAUCAACACCAACAGCAAGUCUCUGGAGGAAGUCUUCAAACUGGGAAACAAGGUAAAAGCAGAAGUGAACAAGCUGUACAAACUCCUAGAGAUAGACAUCGAUGGCGUCUUCAAGUCGCUUUUACUGCUGAAGAAGAAGAAGUACGCAGCGCUGGUGGUGGAGCAUCACGGCGAGGGACGGUACAGCGUGAAGCAGGAGCUGAAGGGCUUGGACAUUGUCCGCAGGGACUGGUGUGAGCUGGCUAAGCAAUGCGGCAACUACGUGAUCGGCCAGAUCUUGUCGGAUCAGAGUCGAGACGUCAUAGUUGAGAACAUCCAGAAACACCUGAUCGAGGUGGGAGAGAAGGUGGCCAGUGGAGACGUACCACUCAGCCUGUAUGAGAUCCACAAGGCACUGACAAAAGACCCCCAGGACUACCCAGACAAGAAGAGCCUACCUCACGUCCACGUAGCUCUGUGGAUAAACUCUCAGGGGGGUCACCGGGUCAAAGCUGGGGAUACCGUCUCAUACCUCAUCUGCAAGGACGGCUCCACGUUGGCGGCCGGUCAGAGAGCCUACGCCUUGGAGCAGCUCCAGAAGCAGGAGAGGGUCUCAGUGUGGACACACAGUACUACCUGGCCCAGCAGGUCCACCCGGUAGUUUCCCGCAUCUGUGACCCCAAUUGAGGGAUUGACAGUGUUCUGAUCGCCACGUGGCUCGGUCUGGACCCGAGUCACUUCCGAUCCCAGCAGCAGUAUCACAGGGAGGAGGAGGCGGACAGGACGCUGGGAGGUCCAGUUCAGCUCACCGACGAGGAGCGGUAUAAGGACUGUGAGCGGUUUACGUUCACCUGCCCUCAGUGUGGCACGGACAACGUCUACGACAGCGUCUUCGAAGGACUAGGUGACAGAGUGGAGCCCAGCUUGACGCGCUGCCGUCACAUCCCCUGUGGGAGUCGACCAAUCGACUACGUCGUCAACAUCAGCAACAGGCUGCUUCUGGAUAUCCGCCGGCACGUCAAAAAAUACUACUCUGGUUGGUUGGUGUGUGAGGACCAGGCCUGUCAGAACAGAACCAGGCGUUUACCCAUCGCCUUCUCCCGAUACGGACCCAUCUGCCCCGCCUGCAAGAGAGCCACGCUCAGACCCGAGUAUUCUGAGAAGGCUCUCUACAACCAGAUCUGCUUCUACAGAUUCAUCUUUGAUUGGGAGCACGCCGUCACUAAAGUCCUGUCACCUGAUGAGAGAA